UAUGAUGCUGGAAAAUUCUUUUAAAAUAAUCCCAUAUGCUUUAUUUUUUUAUAUGUGUGUGCAAACCAAUAAACUUAAUUUUUAAUUAGAUUCUUAACCAGAAGAAUCUAUGGAUUCAAAAGUAAAAAAAGGAAAACCUGCUAUUGAUUUAACUUAAGUUUUAGUAUAUGAAUUAAAGUCAAGAAAAACUAUUCAUUUUCAACUUUAUUAAGUUUAUUAAGAUUCUGUCUAAUUAUCAUAAUAAUAAAAAAUUGAUAAAAUAGUUAAGAAUUGGUAAAAAGAAGAAGCUAAAAAUAAAAAAUUCAUCUCCUAUUCCUAAUUUUGAGAAAAGAGAAUGAUACCUGCUGCUCUUAUUUAAAUAAAUAAGAAUGAAGAAGAAUUUUAGAAUCUA